GCAUUGCACAGUUAAAAGCUUUCGCAUGGGCUUUUGAAAUAAAUUUGUCUGUUGAUAAAUACGGUUAUAUAUAAAUACGUUAUAUUUGCUCUAUUGAAAUGAAGCGAGUGUGGAUUUUAGGCAUUCUGUGUGCUCUUCUAGCGCUCAAUUCUGUCAAGGCAGAUGAUGAAAUUGACAUUGAAGGGAGAGUGGAAGAUGAUUUGGGCAAAAGCAGAGAAGGCUCUAGAACGGAUGACGAGGUGGUGCAUAGGGAAGAGGAGGCUAUCCAACUUGACGGCCUGAAUGCAGCACAGAUAAAGCAAAUCCGAGAGAAAUCAGAAAAGCAUGCUUUCAAGGCCGAGGUGAACCGGAUGAUGAAGCUCAUCAUCAACUCCCUGUACAAGAACAAAGAGAUCUUCCUGAGGGAACUGAUCUCCAAUGCAUCCGAUGCCCUGGACAAGAUACGGUUGCUGUCCCUGACCAAUGACGAAGCACUCCUUGGUAACGAGGAGCUAACAAUAAAAAUCAAGUCUGACAAGGAGAAGAACAUGCUCCACAUCACUGACACGGGCAUCGGCAUGACAAAAGAGGACCUGGUCAAGAACUUGGGCACCAUUGCCAAGUCGGGCACCAGCGAGUUCCUCAACAAGAUGACCGAGAUGCAGAUGGAGGGUCAGUCGACUUCUGAGCUGAUUGGUCAGUUCGGUGUGGGCUUCUACUCUGCUUUCCUGGUGGCAGACAAGGUGAUUGUAACGUCAAAGCACAACAACGGCACACAGCACAUCUGGGAGUCCGACUCUAACGAGUUCUCCAUCAUCGAGGACCCGCGUGGGGACACUCUUGGCAGAGGCACCACCAUCAGCUUGGUGAUGAAGGAGGAGGCAACAGAUUACCUGGAGCUGGAGACCAUCAAGAACCUUGUGAAGAAAUACUCCCAGUUCAUCAACUUUCCUAUCUAUGUAUGGAGCAGCAAGACUGAGACCGUAGAGGAGCCUAUUGAGGAGGAUGCAGCUGAAGCAGAGAAGAAAGAGGACACCGCUGAAGAUGAGGCUGAGGUGGAGGAGGAGGAGGAGGAAAAAGACAAACCAAAGACUAAGAAGGUGGAGAAGACAGUGUGGGACUGGGAGCUAAUGAAUGACAUCAAGCCAAUCUGGCAGAGGGCAGCCAAGGAGGUGGAGGAAGAUGAGUACAAGGCCUUCUAUAAGACCUUCUCCAGGGACACAGACGAGCCCAUGACCUACAUCCACUUCACUGCAGAGGGGGAGGUCACCUUCAAGUCGAUCCUCUUUGUACCUGGCGCAGCUCCCCGGGGACUCUUCGAUGAAUAUGGUUCUAAGAAGAACGACUUCAUCAAGCUCUAUGUGCGCCGAGUCUACAUCACGGAUGACUUCCAUGACAUGAUGCCUAAAUACUUGAAUUUUGUGAAAGGAGUGGUUGACUCUGAUGACCUUCCUCUGAAUGUCUCAAGAGAAACUCUGCAACAACACAAACUUCUCAAGGUCAUUCGCAAGAAGUUGGUGCGCAAGACCCUAGAUAUGAUCAAGAAGAUCGCAGAAGAGCAGUACAAUGAGAAGUUCUGGAAAGACUUUGGCACCAACAUUAAGCUGGGUGUGAUUGAGGAUCACUCCAACAGGACCCGCCUGGCUAAACUGCUGCGUUUCCAGACCUCCAAAAGCGACACAGCACUGUCCAGCUUGGAGCAGUAUGUAGAGCGUAUGAAGGAGAAGCAAGAAAAGAUCUACUUCAUGGCAGGGAUCAACAAGAAAGAGGCUGAGUCGUCUCCCUUUGUGGAGAAGCUGCUGAAGAAAGGCUACGAGGUAAUCUACCUUACAGAGCCUGUGGAUGAGUACUGUAUCCAGGCCCUACCAGAGUUUGAUGGCAAGCGCUUCCAGAACGUGGCCAAGGAAGGAGUUAAGUUUGAUGAAAGUGAGAAAGUUAAGGAGAAGAGGGAAGCCCUGGAGAAGGAAUAUGAACCACUUACCACCUGGAUGAAAGACACUGCCUUGAAGGACAAGAUCGAGAAAGCUGUACUGUCCCAGAGGCUAACAAACUCCCCAUGUGCUUUGGUAGCCAGCCAGUAUGGCUGGUCUGGAAACAUGGAGAGGAUCAUGAAAGCACAGGCCUACCAAACAGGAAAAGACAUAUCUACAAAUUAUUAUGCAAGCCAGAAGAAAACAUUAGAGAUCAACCCUAAACACCCUCUUAUUAAAGAACUGCUAAAGAGAAUAAAGGACAAUGCAGAGGAUAAGACGGCCUCUGACCUGGCUGUAGUGCUGUUUGAGACAGCCACGCUCAGGUCAGGUUACCAGCUGGCUGACACCAAGGCCUACGGAGACCGGAUUGAACGCAUGCUUCGACUCAGCAUGAAUGUGGAUCUCAACGAAGAGGUGGAUGAUGGGCCAGAGGAGGAGCCAGAGGAACAAACCGAAGCAGUUGACGUUCAAGAAGAUGGGGAGGAAGAUGACGAUUCGGGAGCCAAAAUAAAAGAAGAGCUGUGAGAAGAACUGAGCAAGAGGGUGAAUGGGUAAAGGGUAUUACUUCUGGGGUAGAAACUGAACCGGCACUGGGUCCACAUUCUGUGUCAGGGAAAUGGGGUGGGCUUGGGUUUUUUUAGUUGGUGACUUUUCUGUUUUUAUUUGUUACAUUCCUUACAUGACUGUACAUUUGUUAAUAUUUAACUGAGCCGUUAUGGUUAUGGGGUGUUGACUUCCUGUCACGAGAACCAUUAAAUGUUUCCGGAAAGGGUU